UGCGUCGUCUGUGUGUGGCCUCCAUAUAUAGGCAGCGGCACAGUCCCGGAAGUAUGACGUCAGCGCACAUGACCGGAACUCAAUCACAUGAUUCAGUGUUUUUAAAGAAAAGAGUGUUCAUUCACCCAGACGUACCUGCGCUUCGUAUCACUGGUUGUAGUGAUCUGUGAGCAGUCAUGAGACUUGUGAUCCUGGACGACUACGACCUGGCCAGUGAAUGGGCCGCAAAGUAUAUUCGCAACCGGAUCAUUCAGUUUAAACCCAGUGCUGACCGGUACUUCACUUUAGGACUUCCAACAGGUAGCACACCACUUGGCUGCUAUAAAAAGCUGAUCGAGUAUCACAAGAGUGGAGAUCUUUCCUUUAAAUAUGUGAAGACCUUUAACAUGGAUGAGUAUGUGGGUCUGCCCAGGGAGCACCCAGAGAGCUAUCACUCCUACAUGUGGAAUAACUUCUUCAAACACGUCGACAUUGAGCCUCAAAACACUCAUAUACUGGACGGCAAUGCCAGUGACCUGCAGGCGGAGUGUAGCGCCUUUGAGGAGAAAAUAACAGCGGCUGGGGGCAUAGAGCUGUUUGUUGGAGGUAUCGGUCCAGAUGGGCACAUCGCCUUUAAUGAACCUGGCUCCAGUCUCGUGUCCAGAACCAGAGUGAAGACCCUGGCCAAGGACACGAUAGUGGCCAACGCUCGUUUUUUUGGAAACGACCUUUCAAAAGUGCCCACCAUGACUCUCACUGUUGGAGUGGGAACAGUGAUGGAUGCAAGAGAGGUUAUGAUCCUGAUCACUGGGGCUCAUAAGGCUUUUGCUCUGUAUAAAGCCAUCGAGGAGGGCGUGAACCACAUGUGGACGGUAUCUGCCUUCCAGCAGCAUCCAAGAACCAUUUUCAUUUGUGAUGAGGACGCAACGCUGGAGCUCAGAGUCAAAACCGUCAAGUAUUUUAAAGGGCUGAUGCACGUUCACAAUCAACUUGUUGAGCCUACGCUCAGCGUAAAGGACACAUGGACUGAACGCAGCAGACGGUACAUCUGAAUCAUCUGGAAAUGAUGGCAUCAAAAAAAGUGGAAACUGACUUCAGGGACCACAGCGGUUUUGAAUGGUCAUAAAAUGUUUCAAGGUCAAUGCCAGCAUUACAGGGUCUGCAUAGACAAACAAAUAACUUCUGUGAUUGCAUUUCAAGGUGCUGUGUUUACUCUGAUUUAACAACGUCAUUACUUUAUAACUACACUAUGUGGCCAGUAUUAACAAGAAACGUCCAUAAAGUGUUGGUAUUACUGUAAGUCAAAUGUACACAGACUCUCAUCCCUCCACUCUUUAGAUUGGAGAUGUGAUCAACAAAUUAUCUGUUACAGUUCCUUCCUUUUAUGUCUAAAAAAGUGUAUUUCAUUUCAACUUUUCAAAAAGGUCAACAUUUCAAGUCAAGAUCAUUUUUAAUAUUACAAACUACUUACGAAGUUAACUUGAAUGUGAAUUUUUACUCCAAGGUGAAUUUUUUGGGAAUGUUUUUUGUAUCUGUUACAUACACUCCUAAACUCCUGGAAGAUGCCGAGAUCCAGUUUAGUAUGUUAAAUUUAUAUAUCAAACUUAUUUAGUCUAUGAUGGAUUCUUAGUGGCAUAUUUAUCAUUUCAAUGUCAGUUGUUUUGCAUUUGUUCACCUUAAACUUAAGCACUUCUUUAAAUCCAAUUCACUUGUUGUUUAAAUUUCUAGACUUUACUGUAUAGUCACAUUUUUUGUGGAUUAACACAUUUAUUUCCAAUCUGUAUGAACCAACUGUUAAUAGAUUUGCACACCAAAAACCAAAUCAUUAUUUCAUGUAUUUCUUUACUCGUUCAACAAUGCACAAUAAAUGAAAGAUUUCA